CAGCACUGCUUUAACGGCGUUUACUAACACGGUGACUGAAUCUACGAAAAAAAAAGUUUUGUCUCCUGAAAUCCGGCCAAAUUUCCUCGAAAACUGACAAUAUCGGACGCCAGAGUGGCUGCGAGUGAGGGAAAGAGCACCCCAAGAACCCCAGCUGUCACGCAGCACCGCCUUCGCAAACCCACCAAAAGUAGCGCGGCGCAGAUAAAGAAUCUGUCGUGGGGUAAAGUUCACAAAACUUUACUCGUCUGAAGUUGGUCAGUCGGAAUCCGUAGCCAUGGUCGACAACAACAACCUGCGUAGUGCGGUGAUCAGCGAGGCGCCUCUGAUUCCGCCCUCGAGCAGUUUUGGACCGGGACCGUCCAGUGGCAUGGGUCCUCCGGAGGCUGUUCUACGAACUCCAUACGGCAAUGUUAGGGCGCUGCCCAGCACCGCGCAGCCGCCCCCCCUGCCCCAAUCACCGUUCCAACAGACACAGCAGUACGGAUUCGGCGGGGGAUACGGCAACAGUUACGGCCUCGGGGGCGGCUUCGGGGGCUUCAACAGCGGCUCAUUCGGAUACGGCGGAAUGGGAGGUGGUUUCGGUAGUGGCUACGGUUAUGGAGGCGGCUACGGCGCGGGCUUUGGCAGUGGAUAUAGCCGAUUUGGAGCGCUGGGGGCCAACGAUCCUGAGCAGCGGUUUAUUCAGAUGGCCGAGGCCAGCUCGCGGCCAGCAUUCCAGAGCAUCGAAUCGCUGGUAUCGGCGAUUGGAAACAUUGCCUCCAUGCUGGACUCGACGUUCUUCGCCCUGACCAGCUCGUUCCGGGCCAUUCUAGGAGUGGCGGCGAACUUUGGACGCCUGCGAAGUGUGUUUGCACAGUUUUGGACGACUUUUGCGAUCUUUCGUGGCCUGAACUGGAUCUACAGGAAGAUUCUCUUCUGGCUUCGCCUGUCGAAUCUUGAUCCAUCAUCUGCGGCCUUCAAGAAAGCCUUUGCGGAAGCCCUGAACGAGAACAAUACCCAGACAGGAGGCGCGCCUCAAGCCCAGCGAAAGGGUACUUCGCCCUGGCCGGUGCUGGCCUUUCUCAGUUUCAUCUUCACUGCGCCCUAUCUGAUCAUGAAGCUGCUGGGCACCGUGACGAACACCGCUCAGGAAGAAGCCCGUAAUCCGGCCAAGUGGACGACACCGAUUCAGACCCAGGCUGUUUACGAUUUUAUGGGACGCAGCCAGAGCGAGCUUUCGCUGCGCGCCGGCCAGUCGCUCCAAGUGGCCCCCCGCGAUAUCCAGCAAACCCUUAACCUGCUCAAUACUGGCUGGGCUCUGGCCACCAUUGAUGGCCGAACCUCCGGCAUCAUUCCAAUCAACUAUGUAAAGUCGCCUCAGCAAAUGCGACAGGAGGUCCAGGAGCAAAUUAAAUCCGCUCAGCCACAACCACAGCCAGAGCUGAUGGAUUUGUCUGCGGGGGCCUUUGCGGCGCCACCGUUGGAGCAGCAAAUGAACUACGACUUUAACUUGGCCGCCCAGCAGGAAGGUCCGCCCUCCACAUCAGCAGCGGCAUUCGGAGAGGGCUUCGCCUGAGCUCUGGUCAACUCGCGUGAAAAUUACCUCUAAGUUUAGUUUUGUUUGGUGUUCAGUUUUUGUAUAUGCACCUCCUUAUGUUUUAAGUUGGCUUUCCGCCUUUUGUACAUUUCCAUUUAGUUGUUAAAAUCGAUUACUCAGCUUAGUAAACAUCCUAUAGACCAUG